AGCCAUUUCUGACCCAACAGCCAGGGGAAAAAAAAAUGUGAUACAAUUCACUGCUGCUGGAGAGAGGACAGCCCGAGGUUGCGUUCUUGCAGGAGCAGCUUCGCUUCACCGUGGUGGACCCCAGGGAGACAGAAGGAGCCCAAAUGGACGACAAUAUGGAGAGUAAAUCCAUUCUGGAAGAACUGCUUCUCAAAAAGUCACAGCAAAAGAAGAAAAUGUCACCAAAUAAUUACAAGGAGCGGCUUUUUGUUCUAACCAAAACAAGCCUUUCCUACUAUGAAUACGACAAAAUGAAAAGAGGAAGCAGAAAAGGAUCAAUAGAAAUUAAGAAAAUCAGAUGUGUGGAAAAAGUCAACCUUGAGGAGCAGACACCGGUGGAGAGACAGUACCCAUUUCAGAUUGUGUAUAAAGAUGGGCUUCUUUAUGUCUAUGCAUCGAAUGAAGAGAGCCGAUGUCAGUGGUUAAAAGCGCUGCAAAAAGAGAUACGGGGCAACCCUCACCUGUUGAUCAAGUAUCACAGUGGCUUCUUUGUGGAUGGAAAGUUCCUGUGUUGCCAGCAGAGCUGCAAAGCAGCCCCAGGAUGCACUCUCUGGGAAGCAUAUGCUGAUCUGCACAUCGCAAUCAGUGAUGAGAAACACAGAGCUCCCACUUUCCCAGAGAGGCUACUGAAGAUUCCAAGGGCAGUUCCCGUUCUCAAAAUGGAUGCAUCAUCUUCAGGUGCCAUUCUACCCCAAUAUGACAGCUAUUCAAAGAAAAGUUGUGGUUCCCAGCCAACCAGCAACAUACGCUAUAUUCCAAGGGAAGACUGCCCUGACUGGUGGCAAGUAAGAAAACUGAAAAGCGAGGAAGACAUUGCAUGCAGUAACCAACUGGAAAGAAAUAUCGCCUCUCACAGCACCUCAAAGAUGUCAUGGGGAUUCCCUGAGUCAAGUUCAUCAGAAGAAGAGGAAAAUCUGCAUGCUUAUGACUGGUUUGCUGGGAAUAUCUCCAGGUCACAAUCUGAGCAGUUACUGAGACAAAAGGGAAAAGAAGGAGCAUUUAUGGUUCGGAAUUCCAGCCAGAUGGGAAUGUACACUGUGUCCUUAUUUAGUAAGGCUGUAAAUGAUAAAAAAGGAACUGUCAAGCAUUACCACGUGCAUACUAAUGCUGAAAAUAAAUUAUACCUGGCUGAAAACUACUGCUUUGAUUCCAUUCCAAAGCUCAUUCACUAUCACCAACAUAAUUCAGCAGGCAUGAUCACACGGCUCCGCCACCCAGUGUCAACCAAGGCCAACAAGGUCCCGGUGUCUGUGGCUCUGGGAAGUGGAAUUUGGGAACUGAAAAGAGAAGAGAUUACCUUGCUGAAGGAGCUGGGCAAUGGCCAGUUUGGAGUGGUCCAGCUGGGCCAGUGGAAGGGGCAAUAUGAUGUGGCUGUAAAGAUGAUCAAGGAGGGUGCCAUGUCAGAAGAUGAAUUCUUUCAGGAGGCCCAGACCAUGAUGAAACUCAGCCAUCCCAAGCUGGUGAAGUUCUACGGAGUAUGCUCAAAGAAAUACCCCAUCUAUAUAGUAACUGAGUAUAUAACAAAUGGUUGCUUGCUUAAUUACCUGAAGAGUCAUGGGAAAGGACUAGAAAGUUGCCAGCUCUUAGAAAUGUGUUAUGAUGUCUGUGAAGGCAUGGCCUUCUUGGAGAGCCAUCAGUUCAUACAUCGAGAUUUGGCUGCUCGGAACUGUUUGGUGGACAGUGAUCUCUCUGUGAAAGUCUCAGACUUUGGAAUGACGAGAUAUGUCCUUGAUGAUCAGUAUGUCAGCUCAGUAGGAACCAAGUUUCCAGUCAAGUGGUCAGCUCCAGAGGUGUUUCACUACUUCAAAUACAGCAGCAAGUCGGAUGUAUGGGCAUUUGGGAUCCUGAUGUGGGAGGUGUUUAGUCUAGGGAAGCAGCCCUAUGACUUAUAUGAUAACUCCGAGGUGGUUGUGAAGGUCUCCCAGGGCCACAGACUCUACCGGCCCCAACUGGCAUCAGACACCAUCUACCAGAUCAUGUACAGCUGCUGGCAUGAGCUUCCAGAAAAGCGCCCCACAUUUCAGCAACUCCUGUCUGCCAUAGAACCACUUCGGGAACAAGAUAAACCAUGAAGAGAAAUUUCAGAGUGGUGAUGAGAACAAAUGUCAAUAUUAACUAACACUCUCAUUGUUUGUAAGGGAAGUAGAAAGACUCAAUGCAAUGUAGCUCGUUCUUAACAAUGGUCUAUGUGCUGUUUAUCUGUUAUAUUAUCUACCAAAAAAAGCAAGGUAGGAAACAAGAUAGUUCUUUGAAAUUUAGGUCAAAUUGGUAAUUUUGUUUGUGCUGCUUUUAAGGUAUACUUCCAAGACUAUGGUAGAAGUUCAUUUUUAGAUUGCAAUUUACAAAUUGUACUGUGUAUAAAGGUAGAGCAGAAUUGAAAAGGUGAUUUGUUGGGAACUCCCUUUUUUUAAAAAAAAAUUGGCACUAGUGUGAUAAUUAAAUAUCUUUUCAAGAACGGAAAUGUAUAUGUUUGCUUCUGUAUGAGAAAUGUCUCAGGCAUUUGAAUAUUUGUUCUCUGUGGCACUGUUUGGGGGAGGUUUAGGAGGUAUGGGCUUGAUGGAGGAAUGAUGUCAAUGGAGCGGGCUGUGAGAGCCUAAGGCUUCACCCUACUAUCUCUGCUUCUUGCUUACAAUUCAAGAUGUGAGCUCUCAGAAGCUGAAAAGGUGGCUUGGUGCUUAAGAACACCGGCUGUUCUUCUAGAGGACCCAGACUCAAUUCCUAGCACCCACACAGUGGUUUACAACUUGUCUAUGAAUCCAGUUCUAAGGUAUCUGAUGACGUCUUUUGGCCUUCAUGGACACCAUGGACACGUGUGGUACACUGACAUGUAUACAGGCAAAGAAGAAAAAUAAAGGAUGAGAGCUCUCAGCAUCCUGCUCUAUCUGCCUGUUUGCAAGUUGCCUUUGCCCUGCCAUUUUGAACUCUAACUUUCUGGAACUAUAAGCCAAAUAAAGCCUUUCUUCUAU